AUGUCGGGCAACACCGUUCACGUCUCGGGCAUCGCGUCCGCCACUUCGGAGAAGGAGGUCCGCGACUUCUUCAGCUUCUGUGGAAAGAUCGUCUCGCUGACCAUCACCUCCAUCUCGGCUGAGGCCGAUGCACCCAAGUCCGCCAGCGUAACGUUCGAGAAGGAGGCUGCUGCCAAAACCGCUCUGCUCCUGGACCAGACUCAACUGGGAGGCUCGUCCGUGCACGUCGAGGCCGCCCAGAACAUCGAAGAGAUUGCCGGUCCGCAGGCUACUGGCGCCGGCGAAGCCAAGGAGGAAGAGCAUGACAUCGCACAGGAGGAUAAGCCGCGGUCGCGCAUUAUCGCCGAGUACCUGGCGCAUGGUUACGUGGUGAGCGACAACGCCAUCCAGAGAGCGAUCGCGCUGGACCAGAAGCACGGAUUCUCGAGCACGUUCACGUCGACGCUCUCCAACUUCAACCAGAAGUUCAAUGCUACCGAGCGUGCUCGCGGCCUGGACGAGAGCUACCAGAUCUCCAACAAGGCUGCGUCCGGCUGGCGCGGUCUCAACUCGUACUUCGAGAAGGCCCUUGGCCACCCCUCCGGCCAGAAGCUGCGCGACUUUUACGUCCAGACCGAUAAGCAGGUCCGCGACAUUCACACCGAGGCCCGCCGUCUGGCUGAUCUGAAGCAGGGCAAGGGUGGCGAGACCCAGGGCAUUGCACCUCCCGGCGGCGAGGCUGCCAAUGUCACGCCUAGCACUGCUCCGUCUUCCGAGCCGGCGGGUGCGGCUCCCCAGGCCGAGCCCAAGGCGUAA